GCGGCGAACUUUUGAAGAUUCCAUCUUGAAGGCGUGCAAGAUUUCAAGCCUCUUCACAACCACAAGCUUGCGCCAACACGAAUCAUGGAGGCGCUGAGCGAUUUCAACACACUACAGCAGCAGAUCCAAGCAUCUCUCGUCGCCGUCACCCGAUCAUCGCAAGCCAUCUCAUCAGAGGACCUUGGCUUCCACCGAUCGCUCGAUCCAACAUUAGGUCGCGCACUCGACUCACAGAAUGCGCGGCUUCUGGGGCUUGCGGAACGCCUUUUGGGCAAUGCGGCUUCGAGUACGGAGCUUCUUGCUUGAGAAAGCAGACAUAAGCCUGGAUGAGUACACGGGUGCCGUCAAGCGCUUGAGCCCGUCAGUAGAGCAGGCACAAACACCGACCAAAUCACAAAAGUUCUCGCGCAUCUCCAACGCCCUCCGAACACAAGAUAUUCCUAAACCUCAGCAAAACUUCAGAGACAUUCCCACAAAUGCCGAAUCAGGACCUUUCAAGCCGCUUCUUGAAUCGAAGCCGCACGCCGUUAUACCCAUGAACAAGGCUCUGGAGCUAUUCAAGGACCAGAACGACGUCCAACACCACCCGCACCCUUAUCAAAAGGAAAUCGAGCAGUACGAGUACCCGUCAUUUGUCUACACACAGGCAGAGCCAAUUCCCUAUCACCCAUACGAAAGCACAACCGCUAUAUUUGUCGACACAGAAGAGAAGGUAGAUGAGAUGCUCCAGGAGCUCAAGAAGGCAAAGGAAAUCGCCAUUGAUCUGGAACACCAUGACUCUCGCUCAUACAUCGGUAUUGUAUCGUUGAUGCAGAUCAGCACUCGCGACAAGGACUGGAUCGUCGACACGCUCCAACCCUGGAGGAGAAAGCUGAACAAGCUCAACGACGUCUUUGCCGACCCAAAAAUCCUCAAGGUGCUGCACGGUGCUUUCAUGGACAUCACCUGGUUGCAAAGAGACUUGGGAUUGUACGUGGUUGGUCUGUUCGAUACGCAUUUCGCAUCGAGAGCGCUUGGAUACUCUGGAGGAAGUCUGGCAUUCUUGCUCAAGAAGUUUGUCAACUUCGACGCGCAGAAGCAAUACCAAACAGCCGAUUGGCGCAUCAGGCCCCUUCCGCAGGAGAUGUUCGAGUAUGCUCGUUCCGACACACACUUCCUUCUCUACAUUUACGACAACAUGCGCAAUGAGCUCAUCCAGAAGUCCGACUUUACCGUUCCCGACCAUGAGAAGGACAAGAUUCACGAUGUCUUGACUCGCUCCAGAGAUACUGCUCUGCAGAGAUACGAGCACCCCGUCUAUGAUGCUGCACAAGGUCUGGGCGCUGGAGGAUGGUAUAAAAUGCUGAGCCGCACACCUGCUCUUCUGGACAAGCAGCAAUUUGCCGUCUUCCGCGCUGUGCACCAGUGGCGUGACGAGGUUGCCCGUGAACAGGACGACAGCACGCACUAUGUCAUGGCGAAUCACAACAUUUUCAGCCUCGCAAAGGGAAUGCCCACCGAGAAGGCUGCUCUCUUCGCUAUGCUUCAGCCUACCAGCCAGACUGUUCGCCUGAGAGCCGACGAGCUGGUCUCGGUCAUCACCAAAGCAAAGGAGCAAGGCGAGAAUGGACCUGACAUGAUCUCAACGUUAAAAGAGAUUGAAGCACAUCUUCUGGGUGUCCCGCUCAACGAGACACCCAGCCACUUUGCUGCUCUCAAGCAGUCACAGCCCCAGCAAACUAUCCCCGCGUCAGUACCAUCGGCACCAACAGCACCAGUCCUGAGUCGCACCGACAGCAGUGAGCCGUCAGGGGUUCGCGCAAAGGUUUCGCAGUUUUGGGGUGGUCUAUUCGGCGGUAAAAGCCAGAACCACCAAUCUCGCCCAUACUCGUCGAACAUCUCACUAUCGGUUCCUCUCCCUCCCCUGACAGCCGAAGUGUUCGCUUCCUCGGCGCCAUUAACAGCACCGCCCACACCCCAGGCUUCAGCAACACCCACAUCCGCCACACCUUCGGAAUCGCUAGCAACACCCAAGGACCGCAUCUUCACCCUCAAGGAGCGUGGACGCAAGCGCAACUCUGAUGCCAUCUCAACCGGCAACGACAGUCUUGCGACCAACGCCGAUGAGAUCGAUAUUACAGCCGACGAGAGUCUGGAAGCAAAGCGUGAGGCUAAACGCCAACGAAAAGAGCAGAAGAAGGCCGAGAAGGAGGCAGCAGCUCAACACGCAGCAGAAGUUGAUUUGGAGGAAGAGGAGUUUGACUAUGCGGCUGCACCUAGUGUGCUAGAUGCCAACAAGGUGGACCCUCGUGAUAGGAAGAAGAACAAGAAGGAACCCAAGACAAAGGCGUUUAAUCCUUUCGUCAAGGCGCUCGACACGAUGAAGGGUAUGCCCAGACAACAAAAGGAGAGAGCUGGCAAGAGUAUGACUUUCAGGAAGUAAAGGCAUGGGGUUUAUUGGGUCUCACUCGGAGCAUGCAUGUGUUAUAUAGAUUCCGGACCUCAACAGGUCAACAAGAUACGAUAAUUCAUUCUUCGUAAAUACUUCGAUGUGGUUGGUGACCCUGACUGUAUUUACCCCACAAACGCAC